AAGACGCGGGAAUCAUCUCGUGCCAUCUCGCGAGAACUCUUUUUUUUUUGGGCUUUUUUUGUUUGUUUUGUUUCGGAGAAUUUACAACGUCAAGGUAGGCUAAAAUGUCGACUACCGUAAAAGCAGACGUCUUUCUUUGAUCCAGGUGUGCUAAUAACGAUUCCUAAACACGCGUAAGUUACAUGUGACAAAUAAAACUAGGUCACUUCGUGAGAAGACAACCUGCUCUAUGAUACCUUCAAGUCCAAUUUGUUACUUUGAAAUAGUGAAACCAGGAAACUGUCAAUAGAUGAAUAAGUCACAGAAACAUUGUUUGCAUAAAAGAUUGACAGAUAUUAUAGCGAAUUGUGUUUAAUUUCUUAAAAGCACACAUUUUGUAUAAAUAUAAUAAAUUAUUGAGCAUACAGAGAAUCAAUGAGGCCCUUAUCAGACAAUGUGCCGUCUGCUAGAUGAACUUCCGGUAGCUCGUGGGGCUCGUGCUCACGAUGAACGAUAGUGUGUCUCUUGUUAACAGCACACAAAGCUUACUGGGAUACGUCACUUCCGGAAACAUCUCCAGUGGCCGAGAUUCUCUGGUGGCGGCUGAGGUAUUCGCAGUGGUCCUGAUGUCCGUCACCACCCUGGUCGCAUUUCAGGCCAACCUGUGGAUAGUCGUGGUGGUCCUCAUCACCCCACAGCUGCGGUCAUCGCUGGCCAACAUCUUCGUCCUCAACCUGUGCUGUGUCGAUCUUCUUGCGUCUGGCUUAUCCUUGCCAAUGUCAAUAGCUACAUUUGUCAGGGGAGCCGACGGUCUAAGUAAAACGACCUGUGACGUGAACGGCUUCUUCAGCACCUGUGUUAUGGUGACCUCUGUCCUUUCCCUGUGCGCCAUCUCCAUAGAGCGAUACUACACCAUCGCCUUCCCUAUGCACCACGCAGGCCACGCCACGCCGUGUUUGUACCUUCUGGCGCUGAGCGCAAUUUGGGGCGUCAGUUUGGUGGUGGCCUCCCUCCCUUUACUCGGCAUUAAUACGUACAGGUUUCGUCCAUCCAGAAGAUCUUGCUCCUACAACUGGCAAGGAGGUAGCCCAUCUGGAACAGCGUUUAUACUUUUGGUAUUCCUGAUAUCUUUUCUCCUUCCUUCCAUCGUUCUGCUCAGCAUGUACGCCGGCAUCUUCAGGGUGGCCAAGAAGGCCGCCACCGUCAUAACGCCAAACGCUAACGGAAUAAGCCUUUCUCCCGUGAGAUCUCACGUGAUCUCCAGCCAACAAGAAGACGCACUCUUCACCGUUUCCGGCAAGUUUGGGAUAAAACUAAACACCGUAUCCCAUGACGUCAUCCCGCCGCGGCUCAAGAUCACGGAGGUGUCGCACGACUCGUUGCCUUUUGAUGCGAACGACUUUUCCAGAAGGCUGUCGGUUGAAGACUCCGGCAUCCGCACUGCAGACUUUACCGACGCAAUGUCGGCACAUUCUUUAUUUACUUUCAACAACAAUGAUAGACUCAACGAUGUUCAGUGCGUCAAUGCUAAUUACAAUCAAGAACUAACACCGUCUGUACAUUUUAUUGACGAAGAUGCGCGCCCUCUUUCGGAGACAUCGAGAAGGGUAGUAUCGGAUACGCAGCCCAGCACAACAGCACAUCCGAUAUCCGAAACUAUUUAUAUUACAAACAGUGAGCAGACCGAAGCAUCGAUACCAUCUCCAGUCUUUCCGAAUACUAACCGCGUCAAGUCGGGCCAUAUAAAAGCUUUUAAGACUCUCAUGAUCAUAGUUGUAUCAUAUCUAGUGCAAUGGGGCCCGUACUUUGCCUGCCUCCUUCACGAGCUUAGCUUCGGCCAAGGGGCCUCCGAGGUCUUGGAGUUGAUCGUCAGCUGGUUGAGUUACUCCAGCUACGCGGUCAACCCGGUGCUCUACGGCUGCAUGAACCGGCAGAUUCGAGAAGAACUCACGCAGCUCUUAACGUCAGCCUGGCGCUGCUGCUGUUGUUACUUCGCCUGCCCAUGCAGCAGUAAAUCCAGCAGGCGAGGCAGCAGUUGUUUUGAGCCCCAAAGACAUAAACAUUCUGAGAGAAACCGAAGUCGUGAGUUGAGGAAGCCAAUGCAGGAAGUAGACGUCAUAGCCGGAGAGGCUGAGAGUUUUUAUCAAUUUCUCCAAAGGACGCAAGACAGCGACGAGACUCUAGCAGUGCCGGAUAGUAACAGAGCCGGGGUUGACAAGUUCAAUGCCUCGAACGACACUCGUACAUGACAAAGUAUUUAUUUAUAAUAUUUUACAAGAGCAUGAGGCGAAAACAAAAUAAUUAUGGUGCUCCACAACAUUCCUGUUGCCCCAUUGCAAUUUAUUUAUUCUAUAAAAGUGUUGCAUUUAUCAUCUAGAAAUAUUUGAUCAAUGCAAAGAGGGUAUAUUGAGAUUUUUAUGCAUGACGGAAAUAGCUAUAAAUAGCUAGCUUUUUGGUACAUCCGGUCAACAAAAUAAAGAAAGUGUUGACAAGCUAGUAUUUAUUUAAGAAAAGGUUUAUGGUAAUUUUGUGCGCUUUUUAGCACUGCCAAAUCAAAUUGUGAAACCUCUUCUGUAUUUAACACAAAAUUAUUGUCUAUGUGGAGGUAACUAGCUAGAGAUAAGGACAAUGAUUAGAUAUGAAGACCAACUGACAUGAAUUGAUAUCUCGUUAAAAUUAACUCAGUUCUUUUUCAGUUGGCAACAGUGAAUUCCGAGUGAGAGUCUUUGACGUUAGUUUGUUUAUUGUGAAAAUCUCCAAUAUUGGCAAGCAUUUAACUGUUAAUGUGCUCAAUUAAGGUUUCAAAAUUGUUUCUUAAGUGUUAUUUGUUAUACUUUGUUUUAAGAUUAUGGAAUUUCAACAUUAUGGCCUUUGAUAUUGAUUGUAUCUAUAAAUGUUUGUUUUUUUCUUUUCUACAUUCAAUGCUCAUUCAGCAAUAUCAAAACAUUACUCGA